AAACAUUUUCUAUAUCUACACACACAACAUAUAUAACAACCCCUAUGUAAAAACAAUACAUACAACCCAUACAUUCAUUUCUACUCCCCAAAACUUUACGGCGGUGAUGCUCGGAGCACUUUGUAUUCGUCCCAAGCCGUGGCUCUUCUCCUUCUUAUCUCUCACUUCAUCUACACAACACCGCCUUAUUCAAAGUCCACUCAAGCUAUUCACUACCAAUACCGAGAAUUGUCGGCGCCACAAUCACUCAACUGCUUGUCGAAUCGGAUGUUAUCGCGGAGGCGGCGCUGCUUCGAUAUGGCACGCUAUUCUCCCUGCGGGAGGGAAUUAUAUUCGGCCGCCUGCUUUUCAUGAACAGAAAGGCGAAGGAUCGUGGAAUGUUGCCUGGGAUGAUAGGCCUGCCCGGUGGCUCCACAGGCCUGAUUCGGCUUGGUUGCUUUUCGGAGUUUGCGGUUGUAUUGGUGGAGCUCGUGAGGCGGUUGAUUCGACUAGUGAUGCGAAUAAUUUGAGUUUAUGUUUGAAUUUGGAUGCGGAGGAGGAGAAAUCUGAGGAUUCCGUUGUUUGUAGUGAGGAGAAGGUUAAUUACAGAGUCACAGGGGUGCCAGCAGAUGGGCGAUGCCUGUUUAGAGCAAUAGCUCAUGUGACUUGCUUGAGAAAUGGAGAGGAAGCUCCUGAUGAGAAUCGUCAGAGAGAUCUUGCUGAUGAUUUACGAGCUGAAGUGGUUGCUGAGCUUUUAAGGAGGCGUAAAGAAACAGAGUGGUUCAUUGAAGGGGAUUUUGAUACCUAUGUGGAGAGGAUUCAACGGCCCUAUGUUUGGGGUGGAGAGCCAGAGCUUCUGAUGGCCUCUCAUGUACUCAAGACAAAAAUUUCUGUUUUCAUGUUAGAUAGGAGUUCAGACAGUUUGAUCAAUAUAGCAAACUAUGGAGAGGAGUAUCAGAAGUCCGAUGAGAUUCCUAUCAAAUUGCUAUUCCAUGGUUACGGUCACUAUGAUAUAGUGGAGGUUCCAAAUAACAACUAGAAGAACCAGGAGCUUAGCAGUGAAGUGUGCCAUAUAAACCCUGGGAUCAAAAUCACACCUGGGGAUUUUUUUGUUUUUUGGUUCAUGUGAUAUUUACAGCCAGCUAUUUGCUGAGAUUACACAAGCUUUACAUACCGGUGCCAUUUUUGUAGAUUCCGUUGUUGAUGUUCUGUCCUCAUUAUUUGGCAGAGUUCGAGUUAUAAAUCAGCUAAUAAAUUGCUUGUAGUGGUUUUUGGAUUUGAAUCUACACACAAUGAACCAUCCAGUAAUUUAUCACAACAUUUCAAAUUGUA